GUUAGAGACCGAGCUUUGUGUCUGCAGACAAGCACAGCUCAGCUCAACCAUUUUGAUUCUGCGGCUGCGCCUCUUCGCUAUGGCGGAGAUGGACGACGGAGAAGAGCCGGGUUUAGUUCACACACACAGUGGCUCGUCUGGGUCCAAAUCCGGGGGAGACAAGAUGUUUUCCCUCAAAAAGUGGAAUGCAGUGGCGAUGUGGAGCUGGGACGUGGAGUGUGAUACCUGCGCUAUAUGCCGGGUUCAAGUAAUGGAUGCGUGUUUGAGAUGCCAGGCUGAGAACAAGCAAGAAGACUGCGUUGAAUUCGCUUUUCAAGGACUACAGAGAACGGCUGGAAUCGGACAACAGCCCUUUAGUUCCCAGGUAAAUGUUGUCAGUAUUCCGAGUUUUUGAAAAACCUCCCACAAAGGAAUAUGCCAAAAAAGGGGCGAGGUUUUCCUUAGAGAAGAGGAAGAGCUGCUGGAGUAGUGUUUGGUUAUCAGAGAUUGUAAACAUUUGACUGAGCUGUGCGCUUAAUUACCUCCACUUUCAUCACAGUCCUACAGCUGGUAAUAAGAAUUCAACUACACACAUUAUAAGAUAAAUGACGGUCAAAUAAAAAUUUUACGAAACGUCCUUUGAAGUCCUGCUUGAAAAUGUCUCCUUGUCAAUCUGCUUGUUUUAUUAUCCAACUCGGGUCCAAUAUAAAAAGGCAAAACUAACGGUUCUGUUAUUAAUGUUAAUAAAUAUAACCGGUCUGACCCAAUCGGUGCGGUGUCUUUUCCCUCACCAUAGUAGGAAUAAAUAACGAUCUGUUACACUUCAAUCGAUCAGCAUGUGUUUAACUGAUGUUUUGUUUAGAGGGACAGCUGUGAACAACAGACUUGAAAUAUGUGGAAUAUAAAGCUAGAAAAUGAACAUCCAUUGUUAAAAACCCCCAAAACAUAAUCAAAGAUUCUAAAACAGCAAAAGAAUGGCUCCUUUUACUGUGUGAUGAACUUGGUUUGUUUAUUGUUUCAUACUGUUGUAUGAGGUCUACUUAUGACGUUUGCAUGGUUUUUACCUUAAAAAACAUCAAAAUCAAUAAGUAAUAGGCUAUUUUCUACCCAGGUUUUGAAGCCAGCUCUGCAAAUGCUUCGUUUUAAUGGGCGUGCUCCAUUGAAAACAUAACGUUAGGUUACACAUUAGCACCAUUCGCACAAGAUUAGCAUUAUCUGGGGACCUCCUGUGAUUUAAAAAUGACCUCCCCACCUCAGUAUGUCAUGUGACGCAUUCGCACGGGAUGAUUUUACUCAAAUUUACUGAUUUAUUUCCCGGAUGGGAUGGCAAGGCUUUGCUUAUAGUUUGUAUAGCCUAUAGUUGUAUUGCGUUUAAUGAUAUUUGAUCGUACCUGAUCACGUAAGAUCACGUAAUCGCGGGUCUCAAAUGUUGCGAGAGUUUCAAUGAUGAAUAACAUAAAGGGAGACUCCCAGUAACUUACGGAUAUGACCCAGCACCCGAAAUAAUAAACACCCAAAACACUUCAAAACAGCCGCCAUUAUUCGCAAACAGUGGAUAAAACCUUGAAAAAUUAUAUAUGAGCCCGCCAAGUCACAGAGAUUUCACAUAAGAUUGCUCCGAGCAUUGGAUCCAAUAUUGUCGGCACAGCAUUGCUUUUUUUUUUUUUUUACAAACAAACGCUCCAUGUUUUUACCACGUGAGCUGGAAUGUCUUUAAAACAAAGAAUGUAACCCCGCAUUCCUUAUAUCGGAAUCCGAAGGAAGGUUAUGCAGAGCCUGUAUUCUUCCACAACAAGGGAUGGCACAAACGGCAUGUUUGAUUAUUGCUUGCUCGCUCUACCUGGUUUCACGUCACUUGUGUCACUUCAGAAUUGUCAUGCAGGAACCAGUGGGCGGGCUAGAGAAGAAGUCGUUGAUAUUCUUUCUGUGGAGGUGGUGUUCAACCUAUCAUAGAUAGGUGCAUUCCAGAACCUGGCAUUCGCUGGGCCUGUUGUCAAUAACAGUUGUAAUCUCAGCGUUUUCAGUACUGACACUCAUGAUGUUCGCGUGAAUAUGAUUCCCUCUAAUAUAACAAAAGCUUGGGUUAAAAUUGUGGUUUUAAUUCAUGGCACCUUUAAGAGGCUCAAAUUAGCGUCUGUGUAUAUCUCACUCUUCUGUCUUGU